AUAUUCAAGCUUUCAAAUACACAUUACAUGGAAAAGAAAAAUUCUUCAAUAAGCUUACACUAAAUUCACAGAUCUGCAACUAGAAAGAGUAAACAAACAAGAAAUAUACUACAUUUAUCGAUGGCAGGAUCUCGAGGAGGCCUGACCGGAGUCCCCCUGAAAUCCGAUUUUUCUCCUCUUUAUCCCAAAAUUAACCUAACCUACGGUCACCUGGGACCCUUCGAACUUCCCUUCUCUUUUCUCCCAACCGUAGCUCGGAUAGGACAAAGCCUUUUCACCUAUUUUCCUCCGACAAGCCCUGGUCUCUGCACAAAAAGCAAAAGACGAAGAGGGGUUGCCGAUUUGUCAGGUGUGCAGGGCUUCUGAGGCGUGGGGCCAACUUGUAGUUUGGCACGGCGAAGUUGGAGGGAGAAGCUCCUUAGGAAAUUUGCAGAAUUGGGGGGUUAGGGUUUUAUUUUUUCUUUU